AUGUGCGAUUCCGCCACGGGGCGUGGCGACUGUGGGUUCGCUAGUGGAACUGUCACGGCUUGUCCAGGAGAGAUCGCUUGUAGUGGCAAAGGCACCUGUCGCGGCCCACCGACGUACGACUGCAUCUGUAAUGAAGGCUUCACGGGCGGUGAUUGCACCGAACGGCUCUGCCCCAAAGGGCGAGCUUGGUUUGACCGACCUACAGACACUGCUGACACGGCGCACGCUUUGGUAGAAUGCUCGAAUGCUGGCGAAUGUGACAGAACCAAGGGAGAAUGCGUCUGUUUGAGUGGUUUUACGGGUGCUGCUUGCAACCGAAUGGUGUGUCCCAACGAUUGUAGUGGCCAUGGAACGUGCUACACGAUGGAGCAGUUGGCAAAGAGAGCGACAGUCAACGGAGAAACGAUGAGCUUUACGUACGGUGCUGUCCCCAAUAAGAAGGAAACCUGGGAGCACGAUAUGAUACAAGGUUGUCUAUGCAGUUCUGGCUGGGAAGGUCAUGACUGCUCGUUGAGGUCUUGUCCAACUGGGGAUGACCCAAUGACAUUACGCCAGCAGAACGAAGUGCAGCUGUUGGUGUGCAAGGGUAGCUCAGGCUUCUUCUCGCUUAAAUUCCGAGACGCAGCGACACCUCAGCUACCCUUCACUGUACCUGCUGCUUCGCUAGCAAGUGCGUUGGAAGCUUUAACGACAGUCGAAAAAGUGUCGGUAGCUUACAGCACGGACACCAACGGAGUAACAGGCUCUCCAGCAUGUGAUGCUGCUGGGUCGAACACCAUACGCAUCAAGUUUCUGACGAAUUUCGGAGAUUUGCCACCUCUACGAUGGAUUCUAGAUGGAGCCUUGACGCUGACCCUCAGUGUUGAUGGAGUCGAGAGCUCGGUGCGUGGUACAAAAGAAGAUGCAGUAUGCUCGAAUCGCGGAUUUUGCAAUCACCUCACGGGCGUGUGUCGAUGCACGUACGGAUUCACUAGCAGCGAUGGAUUUGGUGGCGAAGGGGAUCGUGGUGAUUGCGGCUGUAUGGAGCCGAUUUACCUCACUUCUGCCGCUCAACAGGCUAACGCUCUCUAA